UGUGGAAAUAAAGCAGCUCUAAUGUUAUAUGUCACCUGCAAAUAACCCGGGCGUUUGGAAAAAAGCAAACCACCACCAAAAUCCACACCAACACCAGGUCCUCUCCAUACACAAAAGUCCGUCAAAAUGAGCCCGGACGCUUGGCUCCCACAGCCCACCUUGUUCCUCACUGGCCUCAGCUUGCUCCUCUCACUGGCACCCACAGGGCUGGGCAUGGAGGUCAUGGCUCCUACCACUAUCAACGCCUUGAACGGCUCCUCCGUGAAGCUCUCCUGCACCUUCAACUCCUGCUACAAGGUAGAGAACAAACAGUUCUCCCUCAACUGGACAUACCAGGAGUGCAGGAACUGCUCUGAGGAACUGUUCCUGCAGUUCCGGAUGAAGAUCAUGAACAAGCAGCUGGACCGCUUUGGGAACCGGGUGGAGUUCACCGGGAACCCCACCAAGUACGAUGUGUCCUUCACCCUCAAGAAUGUGCAGCUGGAGGAUGAGGGCACCUAUAACUGCUAUGUCCUGAACCAGCGGGGCCACGCCAGCAUCAGCCUAAAGGUGCUCACCAAAGAGCUGCCAAAGCAUGACUCGACAGUGGCUGUCAUCGUGGGUGCCUCUGUAGGUGGCUUCUUGGCCGUGGUGAUCCUGGUGCUGAUGGUGGUGAAGUGUGUGCGCCGGAAAAAGCAGCAGAGGCUGAACACAGACGACCAGAAGACGGAGGAGGAAGGGAAGACAGAUGGUGAAGGCAACCCGGAGGAGGGCACCAAGUAA